AUGGUGCGUAAAAUCAAGAUAGUUCAGAAGAAAGCACCCAAGAAGAGUUGGGGCCCAUUACAAAUCCAGAAAGUUGUCUGGAUUGUAGGACAUGCGAUGACUUUGGGGCUCGGAUCAUUGUUCUCCGUCACUUACGCUUUACAGUCGCUCAUAUUUUUCAAGUAUAGGUCCUGGAAAUGGAUAUUCAUGAGGUUAAAUAAGUCAUACAGUUAUUUCAACGGUCCCAGAUGGUACCAUGCCCUGCUGAGAUGGACUCCUCAGUUGGUGUACCGACUAGCGAUUGUGGGCUCGUUCAUGUCGUUGGGUGUCACAAGCUAUCAGAAUGCACACGGCUUGCAUCCGCAGUGGUACGAAAUGUUCAGUGCUGAAAAUUUCCAGUACCUGGUGAUCUCAGUGUUUUGGUUCUUCACCGAGGCGUCCGUUUUCAAGUUACUUCCUCUGAUGCUGUUGAGUUAUAUGCAUAUCACCAAUUGGAGGCAGGAGGUUAAUGGGAUUAAAGAUAGUGAUGCGGUUACCAAGAAAAACGCUGCCGUGUUGCGAGCACUCGCCGUGGCAGAACUCCUGGUCGCUGUUUCGCUGGCAAUGAACACCAUUUUGAUGAACAGCGGUGCUUCAGGCGUCGUCCUGGUGCUCUAUCUGGGAAUCUAUUGGCUAAGGAUCAACUUCUCGCCUUACAUGCAGAUAAUGAUGCUCAAGUUAUUGAGCAAGCUAGAUCCAAAAAUCCCCCCAAAGCGUGCCGAGCAAUGGGGUUUCAUCAAGAAGUUCAUCUACAGCAAGAUCCAAGACCACGAGAGGAGGAAGGCUGAGAUUGAAAAAACGGCCUGA